GUGGGUCAAAAAAUUGCUGCUAAUAUAGGUGUUUACCUAACAUUUGAAGCUUUUUUUUUUUCUUCUUUUCCAAAAAUUAACCACACUUAAUUCGUUGUCAUACUCUCUUUAUUGGAACUUUGAAAUUGGACCGCGUUUCGUUCGUGUUGAUCUUCGUAGUUUAAGUCCAUUUCAAAAUAAAGGCCCUCUGUUUACUUUUUCUUUUUGUUCUUACUACUCGAUUUCCUUACACUCGCAUUGUAUUUUCUCCAUUCGCAACUAUUUGAGUAUUAUCAUAACAUGUCUGCUCAAAACCGCAUGUAUAAAGCUUGCUUGUUUGAUAUGGAUGGCCUUCUUGUCGAUAGUGAAACCAUCUUAACCAAAACUACUAAUCAUUUACUGGAACGUUAUGGCAAGGGUCCGCUGCCUCUCUCCAUUAAGGCUCAAAUGAUGGGUCGUCCCGGGGAAAAAGCUGCUGAAGUUGUAAUCAACUGGUCCAAGAUCCCCAUGACAAACCAAGAAUUUGUUGACGAGCAGCAAGUCAUUCGUGCCAAAUUUUGGCCUUCCAUGACCUUGUUACCAGGAGCUGAAGCUCUUCUCCAGUUUUUAAACACAAAGAACAUCGAUAUGGCAUUAGCUACCUCUUCCAAUACCGCAAACUAUCAAAUGAAAACCAACCAUCUUCGUCAUGCCUUUGACAAAUUCGGCGACAAUGUUAUUACUGGUGAUGACCCUCGCAUUCCUCCUAACCGUGGAAAGCCCCACCCUGACAUCUGGCUUCAAGCUCUAAACUUAAUUAAUCAAAACCGUAGAAAGAGAAAUCUCCCCGCAUUGUCUCCUAGCGAUUGCAUUGCUUUCGAAGACAGCGUUCCUGGCGUAAAGAGUGCAAAGGCCGCCGGUAUGCAUGUCAUUUGGGUUCCCGAUACUGCGAUUCUCAAUCUUUUUCGUGAUCAAUUAAAAGAACUUGUUGAUGAUCAGUGUGAAUUUUUAAUGAGUUUAGAAGAUUUUCAGCCAGAGAAAUUCCUUUUGGGUGCUUGAACAAAAUAUUUACCCAUAAUCUAUAUCUAUACAUGUGAAAAAAGUGAAAGGUCGCAAGACUUGACGCACCUAUUUUGGAUUUUAGAAGAAAAAAUUUGUUUAAAAGGUUUCCUUGUUUAGCGUUACUUUAUAAUUAAUUUGUGUUUCAUG